AUGAAGGAGGAGAAGGAGCACCAGAGGAUCCACACUGGAGAGAGGCCCUACAAGUGUGGGGAGUGUGGGAAGAGCUUCAGCCGGAGAAGCCACCUCAUCACUCACCAGGUGAUUCACACAGGGGAGAGACUGUACGAGUGUCCCCAGUGUGGGAAGGGCUUCAGGAUGAGAUCCCACUUUAUCCGGCACCAGAGGACCCACACUGGGGAGAGGCCCUUCGAGUGUUCUGAGUGUGGGAAGAGCUUCAGCUGCAGCUCCAGCUUGAUCAGGCACCAGGUGAUUCACACAGGGGAGAGGCUCUACGAGUGUUCUGAGUGUGGGAAGAGAUUUCAGACCAGAGUCGAUCUCUUCCAGCACUAUCUGGUUCACACGGAGGAGAGGCCCUUCUGCUGCCCCGACUGCGGGAAGGGAUUCAAGAGCAAGUCACAGCUCCUCAGGCACCAGAGGAUCCACACUGGGGAGAGACCCUACGAGUGUUCUGAGUGUGGGAAGAGGUUUCAGACCAGGGCCAAUCUCUUCCAGCACUAUCUGGUUCACAAGGACGAGAGGCCCUUCAGCUGCACCGACUGUGGGAAGGGAUUCAGGAACAACUCCACCCUCAUCACCCACCGGCGCAUCCACACUGGGGAGAGGCCCUACGAGUGUGGGGAGUGUGGGAAGAGCUUCGCCCAUAGCUCCAGCCUGAUCCAGCACCAGAGGAUCCACACUGGGGAGAGGCCCUACGAGUGUCCCCAGUGUGGGAAGAGAUUCUCAUGGAGCUCUAACUUGAACAAACACAAAGAGAGGCACCGGUAAGGGAAGCCCUGCGAGUGCCCCGCGUGCAAGAAGAGCUAAACUCCAUCCCCCACAGGAGGAGCCACACUGGGCACAGCCCUGGUGACCCACAUUCCCUGUGAUCCACGUUGAUAGCACGCCUGGCUGCUUCUCCUUUUCUGUUGGCCUUCAUUUGUUUUCUCUCCUCAACCUCUCUGUGCUCCAAAAGCCAAGAGGGAUUACUCGUUCACCUCAGAUCUUCUCACCUCCCACUGAAAACAAGUGAAUUUUAAUCCUCAGAGACUCAGUCCCACCUCAAAUUCCUUGUUCCCAUCUCAAAAAAACCUCAAUUCCCCGCCAAUCUCACUCGAUUCCAGAACUGCCAGGGUGGGAUGGGUUUGGGUGAAGAUGGGGAGAAGUGGGAUCCCAAUUUGGAGCGCUGGGAUGGGGAUUGUGUGGAGCUGGGUGGCUGGGAUGUAUUCGAUAGGAAAUAAAACUUUCAGACUUACUGA